AUGCCCGGGUCGCCGAAGUUUGAACCCCACUUCGCCGAAUGGGGAAAGGAGUUCGUGGCUGGCGGCUUGGCAGUAGUAAUGGGCGUCCCGUUGAUGGACUUCGCGAAGUGGGUCGGAAACCUGAAGCCGGGGCGCAUCGUGUACUCCUCUCCCAAUGCCUGCCCGCAUUGGGAUCUGCUGCUUCGACUCAACUGGAGUGUGGUCAUCUUGUCCUUCGUUGUCUCAAAGCACGACGAGAUCAGCCCUGAGCAGCUCUUUCGCAGAUAUCGCCGUUCCGUGGGCGAAAAGUCUUGGUGGGGCAAGCGUGUGCGGACGAUCUCCUACAUCUUGAUCGGAGACCGCCUCGGCUUCGAGCUUGAGAACCUCUUCGCCUCCACCUCGCAGAAGUGCGUUGAGAUUCCUGGGGGCUGCGCUGUGCCCGGAGGAACGGGUGAUCCAGGCGCUCCGGCGGGGACGCGGCGCAAGGUCGAUUCUCUGCUCGACGAUGCCGUGGAUGAUGAGAUGGAGGACGAAGAGGAAGAGGAAGAGAUGCCAGAAGUCGAUCACACUGUGACCGCGAAUCCAGAUCUCCUUUGCAUUGAGGAAACGGAGAAGUGCGACUUCAUGGUGCGACCCGACACCGAGAUACUGCUAUGCAAGGCUCCCGAUUGUUUGGAGCGGCUUUUGGGGCCAAUGGCUGGGGCAGUCUUGGGCCAUCGAGCCAGCUUUGACCGGGAGAUCUCCCAAGAGGUCAGCGGCGACUUGCAGCGCGAGGUCGCGCGACGGCGCGCGGAGUUGAACCGGGCGCGCUGGUCGCAGGACAAGGGCAAGCUUGCGGUCCGGCAGCCGCUGCCGACAGCCAGCGACAAGCAACUGACCUUCAACGCAGAGGCUCUGCGGAGCAUUCUGGACCACAUCGGCGCCCACACGAGCAAAAUGCUUCACAUGGCCGAGGAGAUCGGGUCGGACUCUGAGGACAACUCCGCACUAGGUUCAUGCGUCUCCUCGGUCGUGCCGCUGCCAGCGCUCGGACCCAUAAAGGUGCCAGAUAGCGGUGACAGAGACAAAGGCGAGGCCGAUGAUACCAGCGAGUCCCGCUCCUCCUCGAGCUUGUCAUCGCAAACGGCAAGUUCCCUGUCACAGCAGUCGCAAUCGCUUUUGCUCAACCCUGCGCUGGCUCUGGGUCAGCGGAGGAGGAGUUCAGUUGCUGAGGAGCAGGAGGAAGUUGAUAUCGAAGAGAACCCGCCUGCACGCCGACGAGCCAGCUUACACUGGGCAGAGCUGCGGCAAUCGGCGAAGAUCAUGCUCAUGGCCAGUCGAAUCCGAAAAGUGAGCCGGAUUGCCGCAGCAUUCGCCGUGCCCAAGACAGUGCCCGAGGAGGUCAUCCCAGACGUGGACCUUGAGACGGAUGCACGAGCUGGUGAGGAGCAAGGAAGCGCUGGCAUUGCAUCAUUCCCCGUCGAGGAUGCUGCAGAGGUGGCCACUGCGGUUCAUUUCUCGGAAGACACGCAAGAACCCCAACGCACGGAGAAGCGCCAACUGUGGCGUCCGCCCACGCCGCAUCCGAUUCAAUCGGCAGAGGGCGACACGACCUGGAAAUUUGGGCACGAGGUGUCCGGCAAGGAGAAAGUGGCGGCUUCCAUGGUGCUCUCAGCUUGGUCGACGUUUUCAAAAUGGUGGGCGGAUACUACCGACAGGGUUGUGCUAUCUAGCCCGUUUAUGCGCCGCAAGCAGCUUCGCUGGAUGCUCUCGAUCUUGAACAUUUGGAUUCUUUUCGACUUUAGCUUGGGGGUCCAUUGGCACCUCGGGAGAACAGUCCUCCUCACUGCUUGGGCCUUGCAGUUCUGUAUCGCACUCGUAAGCCUUUUGGGAGUUUUAGCCCCGGAGUGCUUUCAACGGUAUGUAGUCGCUGUGGAGAUCGGGACCGCUGCCUGCUUGUCCGUCAUGUUCGUUCAUCUGUGCCUUUCGUCGCUAGUCAACGUCUACACUGGCAUCAGUUGGCAGCAAUACACAGUGGCAAUGAUGGUGCUCAAGAUGCAUCCUGCCGCCAUAGUAACAACCUCUCUAGGAUAUUUAUAUAUUUGGGCACGGCCCAAAACCAUCAAGCUGGAGUUCUAUGGUCCGUUGGAUAGCUACGUGAGGCGGCUGCUGCUUUUCGACAUUUUCCAGAUGCUCAUCAGUGCUUGGUACUGUGUCGACUUCACCAACAACGUCAUUGCCGUGAGAGACGGAACUAUGUUUGAUAACGAGCUCGUUGAUGUAACCGGCGACGCGAAUGGACUUCUGUCUUCCAGCCGCAGUUUCCCUUGUUGGAGACGAGCCUUCCAUUGGUAUCGGAGAUCGGUUCAUGCAGCUUUCACCAGCUCGUCCAUAUGGCAGAGGCAUCCCUUUUUCCCAUGGGUCUGUGCGGCCACCAUCCUGGGUAACCACUUGGUAAUUCUGGAGCUGGUUUUUGAAUCAGUUGAUCCACGUGCACAGUGGAGAAUUGGGCCUGAUCCGAAGAUGUGCACGAAGGGGCAGCUGAUUCACUAUUAUUCGCUGUUGCUCCUGGGCACUUUGCUGCUAGGCUUCGUCUUGACGCUCAUCUUCAGAGGACUGAGCCGCCAUGUGCUUUCACGGGACCUGCAUCUGGCCGCCUUAAUUAUGAUGCCUUGCUUUAUGAAUAUUGUUCUACUGCACUUUCCUCGAUCCUACGCAUGUCCUUAUAGUCAGAUGGAGUUGGACCGGUUGGCUACACCCACCCUCCACCUCGCCAUGCUCCAGGCCAUCUUCGUAAUGACUCUGUCGAAAAUACACUCCGUCGUUGCCAUCGGAACAUCCUUUGUGCUUGCAACUGUGACUGCCUCGUACGCAGGCGCAGUGGUUCGAGGAUAUUCAGGAGAUUCGGUGUUUUUAUUUGUCAUAGUAGGAUUCCAGAUCCUUGUGCACAUUGCAGACCACUGGGACUCGGUAUCUGCUGUGUGGGCAUCAUUGGAGCGAACGCAGGCGAAUGCAGCAGGCGUGCUGCGCUGCCGAGAGUGGCAGCGAGAUACUUCUGUAGAUGUAGAGCUCAGGAGCUUUCGUGACCCUCUUGCCGCGGCGAGGCGAACGAACCCGGCACUGCAACGUGCGUUCCAGGAGAGCCUGGAGGCGCCAAGACAGCGGGUCCUCAAGUUCGACUGGCUAGGCUGGGAUGAGCCGAAGAAGCUCUUUGAAACGGAUUUGCGGGCAGGGGCCAUGGAGCAGCAGACCAUUUCGGUGGCCAAGCCAGGGCUCACCUGUCGUUUGAGGGCCCGUUGCAGCGUCGUUGCGGCGCAGAGCUGGGCAGCGGAUCCUGACGGAGCUUCUUUGAUUCAGCUCACCGGGCUCCCGGCUCCGCUACUCAGCCGCUUCGACCUGAUCCUCGGACUCCGAGGAGCCAGGACGGGAGAUGAGGAGCUUGCGGAGGCCAUCCUGGGAGCAGGUGACCCUGCGGCCGAAGGACAGGCCUUGCGUUUCCAGACCUUGAAGGACUUCGUUGCCGCCGCUCAAGAAAGCGUGCUUCGGGAUUCGCCGGAUGACAAUGCUCGCGCACUCUUGGAGACUUACUACCAGAAGCUUCGAGGACCCGGCCUCGAGCGCUCGGGGGAGGUCAGCGUGACCGCUCGAAGCCUUGAGAGCUUGAUCCGCCUGUCCCGAGCACAUGCACGCUUGAUGCGGCGACACGGUGCUGUGCAGCUGCAGGAUGCUGUCGCCGUGGUCUUCUUGCAUCAGGUGUGUUGGAGGAGCCACUCUCCAGAUUCUAGCCAGGUUCUUCUUUCAGAAAGCAGCUUUGGACCGCUCUGCCCGGCGCACAUCCGGCGUUUAGAUAUGAGCAGUGACAUCACCUCUGGCACCGAUUAUGAGGUGGUCGAAGGUGCUGUCUUGUGGAGUCUUGGCCUCGAGAAGGCACCAUUCGUUAGUCAGCGCACAUCCUGUCCGUGUCUCCUGCCAUGGCCUCCACUGGCGGUGCCCCACUUGCACAACAUCAUUAUGGACAACGAAGUUCAAAUUGGCGAUCCAUCGCCGUCCGAUGUGCAAGCCGCCGCCGGGGCGCUGGCUGCACAUGCGGAGCUGACUGCUGAGGAGUCUGAUGACUACCUCCAAGCCGCUCAGACCCUGGCGCGACAUUUAGCAGCCGAGCCAGAUGCUUCGGAUCUGGUGGCGGCGGCGCUGUUGAGGCAGGCCUUGGGAACAGAGGUGGUGAACCCAGACACGGACCUCAACGCCGUGUCAGCGGCCCUCGCCACCCACAUGGCUGAAGCGUGCAGCAGUCCGGAACACCUGGAAACCGUCGCAGCAGCUUUGGCGCAACACCUCCUCAAGCAGGAAGUGGAAGUGCCUGUUGAGGGAUUGGCCGACGUGGUCGCGAAGGCCUUGCUGACGCAUGCCGCGAUGCACUGUGCUGGUGAUCAGCCAGAAGAGACGGGCUUUUCCAUGGAAGGUGAAGCUACGCCGGCAAGAAUAACUUCCGACCCGGCACGGCUUCUGAGAAUCCAUGCAGCCCUCCGGCAGGAGCUCAUGCAAGGCAUUCGCAUCGGCGACACCGUGCAGAUUCGAUCGGCCCUGAAUCGAGGUGCAUCGCUCUCGGCGCACUACUACUCCACAAGGAUGCCCGCCAGGCCGUCUGUGCCGCUUCAUGGAACACCGAAGGGCCCAACAACGAGUUUGGUGAAUCCAGUGGACUGGGCGGUGCUUGAAGGCCGCUACAAGGAGGCGAUGUUUCUCCUGGAGCUGACGGAUGGCCACAUGGUUUUCAAUCGCGACGAGGAGCGGAGCUGCUUGCAGGUUGUGCAGAUGGCCCAACGCAGCAAGCAAGCGGUCGUGGUGGCAUCUCAACGAGGCCAGGCAUCUCUGCUGCAGAUGCUUCUCGAGCGCUCUGCCGACGUCGCUCAGCAGAACCUCUGGGGCGAAACGGCGUUGCAUGUGGCCGCGAGGGCUGGUCAGGAGGAGGUGGUGUCCCUGCUGCUGCAGCACGGUGCAUGGCAGAAGGAGCCGCGCAAGCGGGAGGUGCUCACACAUGCAGAGGCCCAGAGGAUGCAGCAGGUGAUCGUGGCCGCAGGAGUAUCAGCCGAUUACACUGAGAGCAUCCUCGAUCGACAACUGCCUGGGUAUCAGGAGGUGCUCCAAGCGCUGUCCGAGACAACCUGCAAGGCGGAUCACGACUUCACCGUCUCCGCUAUCCUAGAUCUCGCUGGCGCUUCCAGGGCCAGGUCCACCGUGUCGGCGGUCGUAGAGGCGGCCCCGCGCGUGGAGCGGCCGACCUGGGGGCCCGCUGCCACGGUCCUCGAGGUCCGGCGAGAGCGGCUGGAGCUGCAUGGCGAUCUUGUGAAGGCCGUGCGCAAAGGCGACCUUUUUGCCGUGGCAUCCUUGGUGCAGCGUGGAGCACAGCUGGAUCUGAGCUUCAACUUGGGAUACGGUGAGGCAGGCAAUUGCAUCGACUGGGCCGUGUGCUGUGAACGGCCUUUGGUCGCCUUGAAGCUCCUCGAGCUGGCGACAGAGCAGAGCGCGAAACUGGGGGAGGCUCUUGCAGGCAACGCUCGAGCAGCGCUCUUCUGGAGCGUUGUGCAUGGCUAUGCAGAUGUCUUGGAAGCGCUCCUCAUCCGCGGGAUUGACGUCGCCGUGAAGCAGCCAGCUGUCUUGGCUGGCCACGGGGGCUCCACGCCCCUGGCGCUGGCUGUGGCGAGCUACCGCCCCGGUGAAGCGAGCCUGCUCCUGAAGCACGGGGCCUGGGAGAAGGAGCCACCCGAGAAACGCCUGGAGCUGCUUCGCAAGGUCCGUCUUCGCGGCGGAGCCAUGGCAGCAGCCUUUGCGGCUGCAGGCGUCGGCUUUGAUGCUGCCAGCUGA